AUGGCGACAGAUUUACUGCUGAGGCCGUCGUGCAGAGGUUGUGGUUCGACGUCGGAAUUAUACGGAAGCAACUGCAAGCACACCACCCUGUGCGUUUCGUGUGGCAAAUCCAUGGCUGAGGACAAGGCCAAAUGCUCUGACUGUGGCGCCAUUCUCACUCGCUUGAUUCGAGAGUAUAGUGUUUGGGUGAAUACUGUUGAUGAGAAGGAGUACUUCAUUGGUAAAUUCUCGACGGGGCUGCCAAAAUUUUUGGAGAAGAAAAGUUGUGAAAAUAAAUGGUCUCUGUGUAAAAAGAAAACUAAAGGUGGAUUACAAGGACGCCAAGAUAGCUUUCAGGAUAAGUUGCUCAGAAAUAAACCAUGGGUGUUGGAGGAUGAAACAGGUCAUACUCUGUACCAGGGAGAUCCUGAACUGUCUGCAGCUUACUAUCUACUAAUGCGGAAAGGAAAUAAGGAGAUUUCCGCUAUCCCUGCUGGUUCUUGGUUUAACUUUAAAAAGGUUGCACAGUAUAAGCAAUUUACUUUGGAGGAAGCUGAAGAUAGAAUGAGCAGUAGGAAAAAGAAGCAAGAUGGACAUGAAAGAUGGAUACUGAAAGCUGCAACUAAUGGAGCUGUUGCAUAUGGUAAUGUGGAGAAGUUUGGUGAUAAUGAUAGUAAAUACAAAAUUGGUGAUGAUGAUGAAGGUGUAAGUGGAAAUGAUGACUUUGAUGAUGAUGAUGAUGAUAGUGAGAAGGGCGAUGACUGGGAGCAUGAUGAAAUUUUCAGUGAUGAUGAAGAAAAUACUCUUGAGGAAAUAGAGGACUUCGCAACUGAGGUUCCAGCUCCAACAAAAUUCAAGCAGGAUGGUGAUGAAGAUUAUAACAAUGAUGAAGAUGGCAGACUAAGCAAAUCCGGAAAAGAGUUAAAGAAGCUACUUGGCUGCCUGAACGAGUCUGAUACAGAGGAUGAUGAUGCCAAUGGGGAUGAGGAUAUGGAUGAUGUUAUUGACAAUGGUCCCUCAAAACUAGUGCCUUCUGGAACUUCUCAAACAACUCCAUCUACCUCCAAGAGAAAGAGAAAAGGCAAUACUGAUGAAUCCAAGGCAUCUCCGCACAAGAAGGCGAAGACUGAAAAUAAUCAAAACCUUUCCGUCAACGAAGAGCCUGCAUCUGCUGGUCCUGUCACUCAAGAAGAAAUCCGGGCUGUUUUGAUGCAACAGUCACCAAUCACCAUGCGUGAUCUUCUUAAUAACUUUGCAGGAAGACUCCGGUCAAAAGAGGAGAAGGAAGCUUUUACAGCAAUCCUGAAGGACAUGCGUUCUCAGAAAACGAUUUCUAGGAGAUCAAAAGAUGAUGGAACUGGUUGUUUUGUUGUACUGAGGGAGAAAAUGAACUGA